AUGAAAGAAGCGAAAGAGAGAAACGAGGCUGCUGUCGGAGAUGCCACGAAGAGAAUUGCAUGCAUCGGGAUGAACUGGGCACAUCUGAGCAUGAAGGACUUGUUCAAGAUCUUCAACUCGGCUCUGCCAUACUCAUCACCUUUGAAUGUGAAGCUCUGUAAAACUAGGAUAGGAAGAGAGCGUCUCGGAGAUGACAACACUUUUGUCAAAAGCUGUGAAGAGGGGAGCAUCAGGGAAUGCUAUGUUGCCGUUGCAGAGUUUGAGGAUGUUGAAGAUUCAAAACAAGUAUAUGCUACCUACGACGGCGCAGAGUUGGGAUGUUCUGGAAUGGUUUUUGAUCUGAGGUUUGUACCUGAUUCACUGGACCUUCGGAAUGUUUGUGAUGAGGUUUCCAGUGACGGCGAGUGGGAGGAAAAGGACUUCCGAGCCCGGGAGAAGGACUCGGAUGAAGAUAGUGGAAUGGGGUUUGAGCUCGAAAGACUAUUCAAGGAAAAGGAAAUUGACUUUGGCCUUGCUUCGAAGCUGGUUGAUGUAUCUGACGAUGAGGAUGUUCCCAGCAUCCAGGACGAAUUGGUGGUUUCCCCCGACAGUAAGAGAAGCGAGCUUUCUGAGUCGAUCUCGGAUGACUUCAGCGAUGACUUCAAUAGAGAGGCACCGAAAAACAAGAAGCCGAAGAAGAAAGAGGCCAAAGUAGAAGACAUAGAGCCGAUUCCCAGAAGUAAGCCCACGGACGAAUGCGAUGGGUUCGUGUUUGACCCAAAGGACAAGAGGUUUGAGGCGAUAUUUGAAGACGAUGACUUCGCCAUCGACCCUACGCAUCCAGAAUACAAAAGAAAGGGUGGCUUGAAAGAAAUAUUAGAUGAAAAAAGAAGGCGACUCAAAGACAACAUCGACUAA